AAGAAAUGUUAAAUUUUGUGAACCAGAAUAAAAUUCCACCCGUUAUUCAGAUUAACGGAACCAAAAUCCAAAAAGCGGCUGGAAUAGACACUAAUUCCUUAUCUAUUGCGGAAAUGAUUGUCGAAGUAAUUAAGGACCAAAAGCAGAUUUAUUUUGGUGAUGCCUAUAGUGCUGAACCUUAUAUUGUCUUUUUCGAGGAAGCCGACGAAAUGGGAGAUGUAAUUACCAAAAAAGAGGGGAAUUACUUAAAGGAUAUUAAAGAUUGA